GACCUCUACGAGUUCUUCGUGGAGGGGCCGCUGCGGUUUCGCUGGUGUGGGCAAGCGGUGGACCAGGUCCUCGACGUCUGCGACGCCUGCCUGGAGCCGCUGUACUGCGUGCUCGACUGGGCGCAGGCUGCCACCUGGGACGGAGUCGGGGUCAUCCACGAGCGGCUCGUCGCUGCGGUCGUGGCGCUCUCCGAGAGGAGGCCGUCCGGCGGCUUCGAGGAGGAGGAGCCGGCGCCGAAGACCGCCAAGGGAGGAAAGAAG